UGCUCCUGACGUGUUUCCCUCCUGCUCCCUCCCUCUUUCCCGGCUCCUCCUCUGCUGGACUUCUCGCUCGAUCGUCCCAAACUUUCAAGGCUUCCUGAAGCUUCGUUGUUGUAUGUGGCGCAAGCGGCGACAGCGGCGGCCGAUGGCGGAGGCGAGCGAGCUGUGAAAUGUGAAUGAUGGUGCUGAUGACCGAGCAGGCGGACAGACCUCUGACCCCGCUGCCCGCACCGGAGCAACUUUCCUGCAGGGAGUCCCGGGGGAGCCGCUCGACGCCUGAGGUGGACAAUGGAGGUGAGGGGAGGCAGAGGAGGCGUGGACGCUCUCCUGCAGACCUCCACCUCUGUCUGGAUGCAGAGCCAGAGCCCUCAGAGAGCAGGAAGAAACCAGCCGGCAGCAUGAGAUUGAAACCUGUGGAGCAGCUUUCACCGGUGCUCAGUCUGAGUGACUUUGAGACAAAGUUUGAAAGAAAGAAAUCACAACCCAACCAGUUAUCGAAGACAAACGCCCAGUAUCAUAAGUUAUUCAAGGAAGUAGGCAAAGAUGAAUUACUCAAACAAAGCUACACUUGUGCCCUGCAAAGAGAUAUUUUAUAUCAGGGCAAGAUGUUUGUCUCUGAUAACUGGAUCUGCUUCCACUCCAAAGUCUUUGGCAGAGAUACCAAGAUUUCAAUCCCGGUGUUGUCGGUGACGUUUAUCAAAAAAACUAAAACUGCUUUAUUAGUGCCAAACGCCCUUGUGAUUGAAACUACUCAUGAGCAGAAUGUGUUUGUGUCGUUCCUCUCUCGAAACACCACCUACAAACUUCUGAAAUCCAUCUGCCUUCAUUUGGAGGUGGAUAAGACUUGCAGCAGCCCCGUUACUUCCUGUGAAAACAGCUUCAGAGUCAACUGCCCGUCCUCACUUCCUCUGGACUUUUCUGGAGACUUCUCUGACCUGGAUGGGGUGGUGCAGCAGAGACGGCAGGACAUGAUGGAGAGCAGCAGCUCCGGCUCGCAGACUCCAGAUUAUGACAAAAUAACUGACUUCACCGGCCUACCAGACACAUUUCUGAGUGCAGUGAAGAGCGGAGAGGUUUCAGUCCACGCAGACAUUCACCUUCAGACUCCGAGCCAAAAACACGGAGCCACUCUCAAGAACGGUACUUUAAUGCUGGAUCUGUCUGAGUGAAAAGAAGCUUUGUUAAGGCUUCUGUAGUGCU